AAAGCCGUUGAGAUUGAAAACCGUAAAAAUGAAUAUCAAAAGGAAACUCGAGUGAGGAAGAAAGAGUAGGCAUAGGAUGGAGGACGAAGAAUCAAACUCGAGCAGUGUGGAGCAGAUUCUGGAUCUUCUCCACGCAGCCGGCUACGUUGACGCCACAAAUUCCGAUGCACCGCCGUCUCAGAAGAUCGCCGGCGGCCUCUCCUGGUGUAUCGCUGCCUUAAUAGACCACGACGACACGCGUGGCAUUGAGGAAUCUUUAAGAUUAGUUGGAUGCCCGCACCCUCUUCGACCCUCCCACGUUCAAGAUCUUCAUACUCAGCCUCUUCUUCCUGUAAUUCAGUGGCUUACUUCGCACCUUCCGCAAAAUAGAGAACACCGUGUCAACGAGGUAUUAAACUGUUGCUAA